UAAUCUGAGUUUUCCUGUUGUCAAAAAAUUGAAAAAAGAAUCAAGAAAAUGAAAAGAAUAUUUAUCUCUAAAUAUUUUGAGUGAUGGUUGGGAAACGGGAGUACUUGCUUAGAAAUGGGAACUGGUGGGUCGUUUCUGCAUAAUCCAGAGGAUGAUGAUAUAUUUGGCAACGAUUUAAAUGGAAGCAGUCAUGGUGUCAUAAAGAGAAUUCCUGUAGAAAUAAAACCAAGAGGAAAGUUGGGUAUAUUUAGUCAUGGCUCCAGCAGAAACAAGAGGAUUGGGGGUAGUUUGCAGUCUGCGCUGUCGGUGGAUUUGGAGAAUCCAGAAGCGGAAAAGAUCAAGAAGGAGUUCGAGAUGUAUAGACUAAACAAAGAGAAUGACAUCGCAGACAUGAAGAAGAAAGAAACGAGGUUACAGAUAGAAAACAAGAGACUGCGGGCGGAACUAUUGGUGUUACAGAAGACUUGUACCAAUCUGAGGGCAGAGAGAGACAAAGCCAUUGAUGCGGAACAAGCUGCUCAAGCCCGAGCGGCGGCAUUUCAAAGUGACAGGGACAAAGUUCAGAGGAAUUUCAAAAUAUUCAGAGAAAAUAUGGAAUUACAGCUACAGACUCUACUAAGAGAUAAACGAGCCCUAGAAAACAAGAUAUUCAAAGUGGCAUCAGGUUAUAGCCUAGAGGAAACUGAAGCAUCUAACAGGCCUGACUUUGAUGCAUCACUAGGAAACGCCAACCCUGGAGACUGGUGGACUGCCCUGGAGAGUGAACCAUCACUAAGUAACAUAAGCCAGGGGCACCAGACUACACUAAGGGGACCAGAAUUUGCUCAGUGUAUGAUGGAGACCGAGGGGCCAUUCAACAACAUCAACAGGGAGGACUGGAGUUCUGUGAUGACCAGUCUAACCAAAAUCAUCCCCAGUCUCCCCGAGCAUGCCCUGAGUCCGGUCAUAAGGAUCUAUGUGUCCGCCCCUAGGGACACACAGGUAGAAGUGGAGAUAUUCCAGAAGGAGCACUUCCCUAGACUGGCUGCCCUGUGUAAUGGGGAAGGGAGGGAGCUGAUAUUGAUACACCUCACAAUGGAAGACUCGGUCAACCCUUCUCCUCAGAUGAUUGAAAGACACCAGUUGACAAGGAAGAGACAGAUAGAGAAGUCGUCAAUAUUUGUGGGUUUUCUUGGAGAUGCUACCGACAGGUUUACUAGUCUGGAAUACAAAUUUGGUUAUUUGGAGAAUAACAACAAUCUCUCAGCUGUAUUUUCAUUCAGAGAUGGGAAAGGUAACAGGGCAAGUCAUACGGAAGCCAGUGAAUUAAAGAACAAAGUCAGGCAAAAAGGAAAUGCUAAAAUCAUUGAUGGCUACACAGCACCUUCAAGAGGAGUAGAGCAAGCUGUCGCAGAAAUAGAAAAAAUGAUUAAAACAGAGGUGGGUAUGGACACUGGACAGGAGAGAAUUGAGGAUGAUGAGACGAUCGCGGGGGAGAUGGAGGGACCGGACAAGAUCUGUGGGGGACAGGUGUGGGACACACAUGGGGAUUAUGAACAGAUGGAGGCGUUUAAUUUCGCCAUCAAAUCCAGCUGUGAGCUUGGCUUUGAAAAGCAUUACGAGAGAUUGAAUGCCCACAUUUCUUCUGCUGGUCUCCUUCCACCAUUGUUGAUCAUUGGUACCCCAGGAUCUGGCAGAUCUUUGCUGCUGGCUCAGUGGAUGAAUUUACAACAGGAGAAGACCCCGUCUGGUCUAGUGUUGUACCACUUUGUGGGGUCUGAGACGUCAGUCAGUGCUGACCCUAUCUUUAUGAUCAGGCGAUUAACUUCUCAGUUGAUGCAGAAGGUGAACUCCCCUCCUGCCCUGACGGCCGACCCAAUCAGACUGGUGGAGGAAUUUCCAAGAUGGCUGGAAAAAGUCUCGGAGAAAACUCCUGGUGGAGUCAUCCUGGUCCUAGACUCCAUCAACAGAUUCCAGCAAGCAGAGAUACACCUGAAAUGGCUGCUUGAUCCAUUACCUGUGGAUGUCAGGGUCAUUGUGACGGCUGAUGAAGAGACCUGUCCUCAGGCCUGGAGAGCAUGGCCCACCCUUCAUGUUGAACCACUCAGCAAUAAGAACGUGAAGGAGCUGAUCCAUGCCGAACUUGCCACAAUGGACGCACAGAUCGGUUCAGAGGACAGCUUGAUCCUGACACACUGUAGGACCCCCGCCACCUGUAGUCCUCUCUAUGUCAUGGUCCUGACCAGGCACAUUGCAGGGUAUUUAAAGCAUGAUGGCCAGGUGGGAUCACAACUGGAUGUGUUAUUGACUUGUCAGGAUUGUGUCAGUCUGUAUGGAAAAAUCCUGGAUCUUCUCCGGAUCAGUCUGGAAUCCCAGGAGACAAGGGGAUUCCUUAAAUCAAUACUGCGAUACCUGUAUGCAAGUCGAGGUGGCCUAUGUGAGACAGAGUUGCUGGCCCUGAUCCCACACCUCACCGUUAACUUCCUGUCCGUGUUUACUGAGGUCCUCACCGACCACCUAGUGCUCAAAUACCAAGGGGGACUACUCACAUUUGCUCACGAACAAGUUAGGUAUGCUGUUCAGGACUACUGCUUUGGAAAGGAUGAGGCCAAACUUGUGGUUCAACUGAGGAAAGAUCUCACCCGAUACUUCUCACAGUUCAUGAAUCCAGGGCAAGUAACAUGCAGAGUAGCUGAUGAGUUGCCAUGGUUACUAAAGAUAGAUGGAGACAAAGAGAGUCUGCAGGAAUGCAUAUUGAAUCUCUGUAUAUUCCAAAGACUUUACGCAAGGGGCCGAUGUGCAGAGUUGAUCAGUUACUGGCAGUUUAUUACUGCUGACAAGAACAGCAUGGCACAGGCUUACUUCACAGCAACCAGGAAAAUGGAGGAGGUGGUAGGUCAGAAUGGUGGCCUGAUCACUCUCCCCCGCAUAGCCGACAUGUAUGAGUCUCUGGGACGCUUCCUCAAAGACCUGGGACUCCUCAACCAGGCUGUUCCAGCACUACAGAGAGCGUUGGAGAUCCGGGAGAUUGCUCUGGACCCGGACCAUCCCAUCGUAGCCCGGUCACAUCACCAGUUGGCAGGACUCCAUGCUCAGUGGGGGAAGUUCUCCACCGCCGAGGCCUUCUACAAACAGGCCCUGGACAUUUAUGUGGACAGAUAUGGGUCCGAUCACUAUCUAGUGGCCAAGGAACUGGAUGCUCUCGCCGUGCUGUACCAGAAACAGGACAAGCAUGACCUAGCCGAACCUCUGAAGAAGCGAGCUGUUUCUAUCAGAAAGAAAGUAAAGACUCCUAGGUCUAAUUCUGGCCAGAUGAAAUCAGUGGUACAAAGAAGAGCUCUUCAGCUUGAGGAGUUAGCAAUAGGCCCAGACUCACCUGACCUGGCGAGAACCCUUAAUGAGCUUGGAGUGUUGCAUUAUUUACAAAAUGACCUAGAAGCAGCAGAAUCUCUAUUGAAGAGAUCGUUGGAGAUGAGAGAAGCAACACUGGGCAGCGAUCACCCUGACAUUGCUCAGUCGCUGAACAACUUGGCAGCUCUGUACAACGACAGGAAACAGUAUGACAAAGCAGAGCCUCUGUAUGAGAGAGCUCUACAAAUAAGACUCCAGCAUUUCAGUGUAAACCAUGACAGUGUAGCCUCAGUCAUCAAACACCUAGCACUGCUGUACCGGAAACAGGGUAAAUUUGAGAAGGCAGAGCCUCUGUAUAAGCGAGCUAUAGAGAUAAGAGAGAAGUCUUUUGGAUCAGACCACCCCUCUGUAGCCACUGCCUGUGUCAACCUGGCCGUCCUGUACUCACAGCAGAACAAAUAUACUGAAGCAGAGCCACUGUAUAAGAGGGCCCUACAGAUCUAUGAGGAGAGCAUGGGUCCCCAUCACCCCAGGGUGGCAGAGACCUUGAGAAACCUUGCAGUCAUGAAAUAUGAAAUGAGAGACUUUGAGACUGCAGCCAAACUGUACAAGAGAGCCACAGAAAUCAAGGACGGGGAUAAUUCAUAUGGGGUCAAGGUCAUGUCAAGAAGAUGUUCAAGCAGCGACACAAAUUCUACAGUCAAAUUGAUGAUGAACUCAUAGUUAGGCUGGCAUAUUUCGUGAACAAUCAUCACAAGAUAAUCAAGAAAGAGGUUAUUUAUUGAACGAAAAUGGAAGAAAAGAUAUGUUAUAAAUUGUACUGUUUUUAUAGUACCUCUUCCCCGUUUGGUUCAUUUCAUAUAGAGGACAGUAAAAGUGCCAAAGAUAUGUUGAUGUUCAUAGAUAAUUAUAUAUAUCUAUCUAUGACGCUGACUUCGUACUUAGCUCUUAGUUCAAAUCUCAUUGAAAGAAAGUGAAGUUUGUUAAAUAUGGUAGAUAUAUCUUUACAAUGAGUAUUUCUUCCCAAUCUUAUUGAUCUUGGAUAUUUGAAUUGUAUUUAAUAUUCAAAUACAGUAAAGUCCCAAAUUUUGCCAUAGAAAUGUCCGUCCCGUUAAUUUCAUCCGUCCUCGAUAAUUAUUAAUACUUGUAUCCGUCUUGGAUCGGAACAGAUCCCACGAU